AUGGACAUUUGUGGUCCGAUGAUGGUGAAAUCGUCUUUCGGACAACUGCAGACAACCUCGUCGUCGUCAGCCGCUACCAUAAUGCAGCCGACGUCGUUUUUUCCAAGCACCUCGGCGACGUCGAUUCUCAUGGAAUCGGUGCUCGCCGCCCAACGACGACUCACCGAUAACGGCAACGAUGGUGUCGAGACGAAGAUGGAGAUCGCGACGCCGCGCGAUUCGCCGGUGAAUUGCUUCAAGAUGAAAAACGGUUGGGAGCGAACACAAUCGAACGUCUCAUUCUUCCAUCCGUACAUGUCGUCGUCAUCGGCGACGACGUCGACGCCAUCGCCGACCGACACGAUAGCGGCGGCGGCGAUCAGCAUCGUCACCUCGUCGCCGCCGUCGCCCAACUACUACCACCAUCAACCACAUCACCAUCAACCACCGCCACCGCCAAUGGUGUCGUCGUCCACGCCAACUAUGGCGCCACAGCAGCAGCAGCAGCAGUGUGCCAAAAAUGAUCAAAUGAAGGCAAAUUUUGAGAGUGUUGAUUACCAAUUCGAUUCGUCGCCGGCGUCUUGCUGGCCGAUGCCGCGUCGAGGCGAGCGUUGCGUCGGCUGCGGCAGCUCGACGGCGAUCCGCGUCCACUACGGCGCCAGCUCGUGCCACGGCUGCAAGGCCUUCUUCCGGCGAUCCGUCUUCGAGGGACGCGUCUACAUGUGCUCGGCGGAGAACAAUUGCGACAUCACGAAUGAAUCGCGGAAUCGAUGUCGCGCGUGUCGCCUACGGAAUUGCCUCGACGGCGGCAUGAAUCCGAAGCACGUGCGCGAGGAGCGAAGCAAAAUCGAGCGGAUGCCGUCGAGCGCGAGUUGCGCGACGACGGCGGUGUCGGCGAACGGGAUGCACGCGACGGUCGGCGCCGAUGCGACGACGUCGUCAUCGGAAGCCGAAGGCGUCGAGCGAAAACCGAUUCAAGAGCAUCAACUCACAUUGUUCAUGUGCGCUCUGGAGAAGCAGACGGAGAUGUUGACCGACGACGAUGUUCGCAAUAACGAUUUGAUGGGCGCGUGGAGUCGAGACAUCACAUUGAGCUUCGGAUUGCACAAUCCGCAAAUGGUGAUCAAACGAUUGCCGCUCGUCUACACUUGCGACAAAAUCAUGGAAGCCAACGAUCUCUACUUCUCCUGGUAUCGAUCGUUCGUGUUCUGCGCCGAUUGGGCGAUGGGCAUUCCCGAUUUUCGCAUUCUACCGCUUCCCGAUCAGACGACGUUGUUCAAGCAGAACUUCAUGGCGUUCGGCUGGAUCAAUUUCGCCUAUAAAUGCUAUGAGAUGAACCAUCAGAAUAUUGGCAUUCCGUUGGGCAACGGCGCCUACAUUCCCUACAAUGAUGACGAGCAGAAGAAGAUGCCGGAGAGAUGGGCGACGACAUAUGGCGUCGUCUGCAAGAAGCUCGUCGAUUUGAUCGUCCGCGUCAUGAUUGAAUUGCAAAUGAGCGAAGAGGAGUACUGUCUGAUCAAGACGAUCUCGCUAUUCCAGCUAGAUUGCUUAUUGUCGCCGCACGGUGCCGCCGUGGUGAACAAGGUGCGCGAUCGGCUUCUCGAGGCGCUCUCGAUUCACAUCGAAUGCAAAUUUCCGCAUUUGUCGCCGCUCGAGCGAUCGACGAGGGCGAUGAAGUUGACGCUGAUGCUUCCAAGCUUCUCGCAUAUCGGCCAAGUCGAAUCGACUCUAAUUCAACAGCUCACUGCUGCGGACCUUCACCAACUCAGCGGGGUCCCUAUGGAGAUCUGCGCGGCGCAGCAAACCCUAUAA